AUGGUCUCAUCUACAGCGCCCUAUGGGACUUGGUCAUCGCCUAUUACAGCACAAGCCAUAACUAAAGGGGCAAACGGCAUCGCAGAUGUUCUCGUCGACGUCAUUACUUCAGAAGUCUACCGUGUCGAAAACCGACCGUCCGAGGCAGGGCGGAACGUUCUAGUUCAUACCAAAUUAAACAAGGAUGUAGUCGGGGAAGGUUGGAAUGUCCGAACAGGCGUUCAGGAAUACGGUGGAUUAGCGGCGGUCAUUCACGCAGGUGUUAUUUACUUUUCACAUUUACCGGAUGGGCGCAGUAAUAUGCGCGGAGCUGGAAAGUCUGAUGGACUCUAUCAAUACUCAUUGUUUGACAUUGGUCCCUACACCAGACUUCAAUGUUACUCAUUGCACUACGUUGAAUUUAUUUUCAGCUCCAUUGCGUACCAAUGGAAAUUAUCGAGACUCAGUGAGUCACAAUGGGUGCUGUUGUAG